AAAUUGUAUCCCAACAACCAUCACCGCCACCGGCACCAGGUAUUAGAUCGAAAAAUCCUUUUUUUUAUUUUAAUUUUCAUUUAUAAGUGUAAUUAAAUGAAAUACUAAUUUCAAUGUUAUAUUAACAGAGCCCGAACCUGCUCCAGGUAACUGUUUUUUUUCACGACACAGUAAACAAUCCUUAAUUUAUCUGAAUGUAUGAAAUUGACAGACGAAUUAGAAUGUUACUUAGGAGACGUUUCAAAAUGCCUUGAAACUGCAGAACAACGCUGUUUCGUUGCAAUUUCGUUAUUUUUAGUGGUAAAGUAGGUGUUCUCUAGGUAACGGGAGUCAUGUUUGUUUUCUUUCUCAGCACCAUUGCCAGGGCCGCUGCCUGCGCCGCUGCCACAGCCGCACUUCCCGCCACUGCCUCCUCUACCGGAGCCCGUGUACCCUCAGCCCGAGCCGCAGCCCAAGCCUAUUUCACCACCACCGCCCCCGGCACCACCAGCGCCACAUCCUCAGCCGCCAGUACCAGAGGUGAUACCGUAUUGUCCACCGCCAAUGGUUAUACCUGGACCGCCACGUCCUUACCCCGUACCGGUGCCCAUACCAGGAAAGCACAUCUUUGUGCCCGUCCCAGUGCCUGUGCCAGUUCCUGCCGAGAAGAUCUACAUCCGCGGUCCAUCUGUACCAGUACCAGUGCCAGUUGAAAAGAAGAUACCGGUCCCAUACCCAGUAGACAGGCCAUACCCAGUCGCGGAGAAGGUGCCCGGCUCGGAUGGAGUAGUGCCGUACGCUGUAAACCACUACAUCACAGUGCCCGGCAAGGACAGAAUUGUGCCAGUCCCAGUGCCAGUUCAAGUACCAGGCGAAACUAAAUACUACCCUGUACCUGUCAUCCUAUAUGUUGCUCCCGAAUGCAGAAACCAUCAACCAUUGGUACCAUUCCGGUCACCGGGAGAACCUUGCCAAGUACACGUUUGCAAGGUCAAAUACAACUACGUAUACAUUGAAUCUCACCCGGACUCAACAUGCUUAACUGCUCCUGACCACGGAUCUCCAAGUGCAAGUUGGAGCGCAGCAAGUGCUUCAUCCAGUUCCGGUCCUACUGGCGUUGGACACAGUGAAUCUAAUGCAGCAGCUAUUGCCAACAGUGGUAGCUCGUAUCCCUCGUAUACACCCGGAAACUACGCACCUUACAACUACGCAGGACUAUACCCCACUGGCUCCAGUUCCAUAGCUGAAUCGUCAGCAAAUGCAGGUAGCAGCUAUAACGGCCUUUACCCAGGAGGAUUUGAUUGGGCUAACAUUAAUUCUCCAUCAAACUCAGCCGGAAAUGCCAAUCCAGGACCGAAUUCCGGGAUCAGUCCAUUACUAAAUUAUGGAGGAGACUACUCGAGCACCAACGCUGAGGCCUAUGCAAAUUCAGCUGGAAACGCAGCCGCGAAUUCAGCUGCCAAUUCAGGUUAUGGUCCCCUGAUAGGCUAUGGAGAUUAUCCUAGUGUCAAUGACUCACCAAACACAGCGGUUAACUAUGCAAGCUAUAGCUCCAACACUGGACCUCAGACCAAUGGCGGUAGCUAUACUUAUGGCAGUUAUGCAGAUGCAAACUCAGCAGCAAAUACUGGCAAUUAUGGUGGUUACAGCAAUAACGGAGAAGCCAAUGCAGCUGCCCAAGCAGCAACAAAUUCUAACUCCGGUUAUGGCGCAUAUAGUCUUACAGAAGCACUAGCAGGAGCAAACGCUGCUAAUGGUCAUAACGGAUAUUCCGAUGCUAACGCUGCCGCUAACGCAGCCUCUGGAUAUAGUGGGUACAGUAGUUACAAUGACGCCAAUACUGCUGGACAGUCUGCAGGCAACUCAGGUGCCGGAUAUGCUGGAUAUGGCACUUAUAGUGACGCCAACGCUGCUGCUCAAGCUUUAAUCGGUUCUGGCUAUGGAGGUACUAAUUCAGCUGCACAGCCUACAGUAAACUCAGGUACCGGAUAUACUGGAUAUGGCACUUAUAGUGACGCCAACGCUGCUGCUCAAGCUUUAAUCGGUUCUGGCUAUGGAGGUACUAAUUCAGUUGCACAGCCUACAGGAAACUCAGGUACCGGAUAUACUGGAUAUGGCACUUAUAGUGACGCCAACGCUGCUGCUCAAGCUUUAAUCGGUUCUGGUUAUGGUGGAACUACUUCCGCUGGCCAGCCUGCAGUCAAUUCGGGUUAUGCUGGGUAUGGCAACUACGGCGAUGCCAAUGCUGGAUAUGGAACCUACAGUGAUGCCAAUGCUGCUGCUCAAGCAUUGAUCAAUUCUGGCUAUAGCGGAACUAAUUCAGUAGGUCAGUCUGCAAGCAACUCGGGUGCCGGAUAUGCUGGAUAUGGCGGGUAUAGUGACGCCAAUGCUGCUGCUCAAGCUUUGAUCAGUUCUGGUUAUGGAGUAACUAAUUCAGUCGGUCAGCCUACAGGCAACUCGGGAGCUGGUUACGCUGGAUAUGGCGGGUAUAGUGACGCCAAUGCUGCAGCUCAAGCUUUGAUAAGUUCGUAUGGUGGAGCUACUUCUACUGGACAGUCUGCGGGCAGCUCGGGUACCGGUUAUACUGGAUAUGGUAGUUACGGAGAUGCUAGUGCUGACGCUCAAGCGGGUGUUAAUGCAGCUUCCAGUUACGGUAACUAUGCCGCAUAUGGUGAUGCUAACGCUGCUGCCCAAGUGGCCCCUAAUGCUCAAUCUGUCUCAAAUAGUCCUUCAAACUACGGCAGUUACGGUAGCUACAGUGAUGCAAAUGCUGCUAUUCAAGCCACUGCUAACUCAGUCUCGAGUUAUGGCAGCUAUGGCGGAUAUGCUGAUGCUAAUGCUGCUGCACAAUCAGCCGCCAUCAACGCUGCACCAAGUUAUGCAGGCUAUAGUGACACCAAUGCCGCGGCUCUAGCAGCUGCCAAUUCGGCUUCUGGCUACACAGGAUAUGGAGGCAGUUAUGGCGAUGCGAAUGCCGCUACUCAGGCUGCCAGUAAUGCUGCUUCUAAUUACGGUAGUUAUACUGGAUAUAGCGAUAACAAUGCGGCUUCUCAAGCUGAUGCUAAUUCUGCUGGGAACUAUGGUGGAUAUGGCAACUAUGGAGAAUCGAAUGUUUUAGCUGCUGCAAACUCCGCUUCAAACUAUGGAAGUUACGGAGGAUAUAGUGACUCAAACGCAGCUGCAGCAGCCGGUAAUGGAGCCAGCAGUUAUGGAGACUCUAGCGCAGCAGGCGUCUCAGCAGCUUCACAAGCCGGUAGCUCUGGAGGCUAUGGUUACAGCGGAUACGAUGCUAAUGCAGAAGCCGCCGCCGGAGCCGCCGCUGGUUCCUCAGGUUACGGUAGUUAUGGAAGUAAUGAAGCUAGUGCAUUAGCAGCCGCCGCAGCUGGUACUGGAGGCUAUGGGGGUUCGUUAGCUAGUUCCGAAAGUUAUGGAAACUACGGAGCCCAUGAAACUAAUGCAGCAGUAGCAGCAGCUGCCGCCGCCGCCGCUGGUUCUGGAAGUUAUGGAGGUUCCACGGCUGGUUCCGGAAGUUAUGGAGGCUAUGGCGCUCAAGAUUCUAAUGCAGCAGCAGCAGCUGCCGCCGCAGCGGCUGGUUCCGGAAGUUACGGAGGUUCCACGGCUGGUUCCGGAAGUUAUGGAGGCUAUGGCGCUCAAGAUGCUAACGCAGCAGCAGCAGCUGCCGCCGCAGCCGCUGGUUCCGGAAAUUAUGGAGGGUCCACGGCUGGUUCCGGAAGUUAUGGAGGCUAUGGCGCUCAAGAUGCUAACGCAGCAGCAGCAGCUGCCGCCGCAGCCACUAGUUCCGGAAGUUACGGAGGUUCCACGGCUGGUUCCGGAAGUUAUGGAGGCUAUGGCGCUCAAGAUGCUAACGCAGCAGCAGCAGCAGCCGCCGCAGCCGCUGGUUCCGGAAGUUACGGAGGUUCCACGGCUGGUUCCGGAAGUUAUGGAGGCUAUGGCGCUCAAGAUGCUAACGCAGCAGCAGCAGCUGCCGCCGCAGCCGCUGGAUCCGGAAGUUAUGGAGGUUCCUCGGCUGGUUCCGGAAGUUAUGGAGGCUAUGGCGCUCAAGAUUCUAAUGCAGCAUCAGCAGCUGCCGCCGCCGCCGCUGGAUCCGGAAGUUAUGGAGGCUAUGGCGCCCAAGGCGCUAAUGCAGCAGCAGCAGCCGCUGCCGCUGCAGCUGGUGCCGGAAGUUAUGGAGGUUCCUCAGCUGGAGCCGGAAGUUAUGGAGGCUAUGGAGCCCAAGGCGCUAAUGCAGCAGCAGCAGCCGCUGCUGCUGCAGCUGGUGCCGGAAGUUAUGGAGGUUCUACGGCUGGCUCCGGAAAUUAUGGAGGCUAUGGAGCAUAUAACGCUAAUGCAGCAGCAGCAGCUGCCGCCGCAGCAGCAGCAGGUUCCGGAGGGUACGGAGGCUACGGAGGACAUGACGCAAGUGCAGCAGCUGCUGCCGCAGCAGCAGCAGGUUCCGGAGGCUUCAGGGGUUACGGAGGACAUGAUGCAAGUGCAGCAGUCGCCGCAGCUACAGCAAAUAGUGCAAGUAGUUAUGGCGGCUUUGGAGCAUCAAAGGCUCUUGCAUUAGCUCAUGCUGGUUUUGGUAUCCGAAGUGGAGAUGUAGAUACGGAAUCAGAAUCCAGAACAAGCUCAACAGACGAGUCAUCCGAAGAAGCGCCACUUACCAGUUCGCUGGAGUCGAGGAAGAAGCGUAACAUUGAGAAAUCCAAGCUCAGUCUCAGAAUGAGAGCUUGAUCAAGUCUACCAAGAGCCUUGAUACGAAUCGGAACCUAUGUAAAUGAUCUCUCUACAAACAUGGCAAAGAAUAUGGACUUGAUUACGUUUAGGUUAAAAUGAAGCAUCUAGAAAAUGACGAGCAAAUGAUAUCAUAUUAUUAUGUAUUAAUGUAUCUAUAAUAAAGCAUUUAGUGGGAACAAUCAUAAAACUUUUAUUUUGAAACCACAGUGGAAAAAUCCGAAUCUUGUUUUACCGUUCUUAGGGCUUAUUUCGAUUUGAUUUGUCAAACCAUACUGGAUCCACAACAUUAC